UUUCUAUUUGCUGUCGGCUGUCGCCUGUCACCUGUCACAAGUAUCUAUUGAUCUGUGUCUCAUGUCUGUGGUCACAGUAAUCAGUAGGGUAUUUAAAUUCAAAAAUUGUAAUGUUUUAUUAUCAGUUUUAUGAUAAUUAAUGAAGUUUAAACUCGUGUGCUUUUAAUUCUAAUACCAGAAAGAUCCAGUGAUAAGUUUUUAAUUCAAAAUGUCAGGUGUUUUACUUUUACAAUCAUCGCCGCCCAAACUAGAAGAUGUUCAAAAGAAAAUAUUCAAUAAAGGCGCACUUGAAUUUCUAGCGAAUUUGCAUAGAAAGUUUGAUUUAAACAUAGAACAACUCUAUAAAAACAGAGUUCAAAGGGCGGUAGAUAUGAAAUCUUGUACCCUAGAUUUUAAAUUAUCUUCGGAAAGAUUGGAUAAAUCUUGGAAAAUAGCACCUUUGCCUACUAGGCUUCAGAAUCGUCACUUGGACUUGGGUGACGUCUCAGCAUCCAACACACCACACUUUGUGGAUGCUCUCAAUGCUGAUGUGCAAGGGAUCCAGGUCGAUUUUGAUGAUGGCCACUGCCCAACAUGGCGGAAUCAGCUCAUCGCCUUCAACAAUAUCCAGUUAGCUGUGAACGGCAAGUUGCCCGGAGCGCCAAUUAGUAUAACAACCAGCCCAGUUCUGAUGCUGAGACCUAGAGCAUGGAAUAUGAUAGAUCAUGACAUUUUGAUUGACGGCAAAGAAGCAAUUGGACCAUUGGUAGAUUUUGGACUCCUAAUGUAUCAUAAUGGAAAAAAGUUGUACGAAGCAAACAGCGGCCCAUACUUCUACCUUUCAAAGUUAGAAGGCGCUUCAGAAGCGCUUCUCUGGAACGAGAUAUUUGUAUGGAGUCAGGAUAUGCUCGGGUUACCGCAGGGCACUAUAAAGGCAUGUGUUUUGAUAGAGAACGUAAUAUCCACUUUUGAGCUGGAAGAAAUUUUGUUUGCCCUCAAAGACCAUUGCAUGGGAUUGAACUGUGGCAUUUGGGAUUAUUGUGCAUCUAUUAUUGCGAAAUUUGGUGACCGUAAAGAGUUCCUGUUACCCGAUAGGAACAAAUACGUUAAUAUGGAGAAGAAGUUCCUCAACAGCUACAUGCAGCUAGUGGUGACCACUUGCCACGAGCGAGGCGCGCUGGCCACCGGCGGCAUGGCGGCGGCUAUGCUGAAGCCGGGCAGCGAUGGCACCGAUGACAAGUCGAAGGCAAUAAUAAGCAAAGUUUUGGAGGCUAAGUCGAAGGAAAUAGACGCAGGAGUGGAUGGAUUUAUGGUGUACGACUCGCGUAUUGUCCCCCAUGUUAACGAGCUUUGGAAGAAGACCAGCGGAACUCCAAACCAAAUACACCGUAAAUUCGACCUUAACAUAACACCACAAGAUCUAUUAUCCCUGCCCAGUGGCGGGGUGACUAUGCAAGGGUUGAAACAUAAUGUGGCGGUAUCGAUAUUAUUCGUGUAUCACUGGCUAGCGGGCAUUGGACAUUUCUUCUACAGCGGAAAUGUAGAGGAUUCAGCCACAGCUGAGAUAUCUAGGGCGCAGAUAUGGCAGUGGAUUCGAUUCUCGCCAAUACUAGAAGACGAUCAGAACCAACACGUAACAGCGAAACUAGUGGAGAAAGCAGCAAAUAAUUUCACAAACCACGCUCACAAGAACCUUUGUCGCUCAAGCGCUGAGCGCAAGCGCCUCACAGCGGCCAAAUACAUGUGCCUCGAACUGUUCCUAGCUAGACAUCCCCCGGAGUUUGUCACUACUUAUCUGAACGAUAACCACAAGUUCAGAACAUUGCAUAACAAAGCCCUUCUGAGUAAUUUAUAAACGGCGAAAUAUGAAUCACUUGUCAUUUCCUAAGUCUAUUACUUGAGAUGUAUUUGCCUAAAUCACUAAAUAGUAGCAAUACUAAAGGAAAGAACCCAAAUACAUGUGCCUCGAACUGUUCCUAGCUAGACAGUAGACAUCCCCCAGAGUUUGUCACUACUUAUCUGAACGAUAACCACAAGUUCAGAACAUUGCAUAAUAAAGCGCUUCUGAGCAAUCUAUAAACCAAUACGACAGACAUUCCAAUGUAGACUUAAAAUCUGUUUCUUAAGAUGCAUUUUCCAAAAAAUCAGAACGCUUAAAGCGCUUCUGAGUUAUCUAUAAUUAUCGAAAGAAAUGUUUGUCAUUCCAAUGUUGACUCUAAGUCUAUUGCUUAAGAUGCAUUUUCCUGAAUCACUAAAUAGUAGCCAUACUAAAGGAAAUACGCCAAAUACAUGUGCCUCGAACUGUUCCUAGCUAGACAUCCCCCAGAGUUUGUCACUACUUAUCUGAACGAUAACCACAAGUUCAGAACAUUGCAUAACAAAGCCCUUCUGAGCAAUCUAUAAACGUCGAAAUAUUAAUCACUAAAUAGUAGCAAUACUAAAGGAAAGAACCCAAAUACAUGUGCCUCGAACUGUUCCUAGCUAGACAGUAGACAUCCCCCAGAGUUUGUCACUACUUAUCUGAACGAUAACCUCAAGUUCAGAAUAUUGCAUAACAAAGCCCUUCUGAGCAAUCUAUAAACGUCCAAAUAUGAAUCACUUGUCAUUCCAAUGUUGACUCUAAGUCUAUUACUUAUGAUGCAUUUUCCUAAACGAUAGCCACAAGCUCUCAACAUUCCAUGAUAAGCGCUUCUGAGCAAUCUAUAAAGCAAUUCAACAGUUGUUUCAGUGUAUACUUAAAGUCUGUUACUUAAGAUAUAUAUUUCUAUAUCGUUAAAUGGUAGCUACUAGAUUAAAAAUUGGAAUCUGAGAACGAAUGCAACAGCAGUCAUUCCAAUGUGUACUUAAACACGCAUCAUUCCAAUGUCGACUCUAAAGACUAAUACUUAAGAUGCAUUAUCCUAAGAUAGCCACAAGUCCAGAAUCUUGCACAAUAAAGCGCUUCAGAGCAAUCUAUAGACCUUAAAUGCAACUUCUCUCGUCAUUCUAAUGUCGACUUUAAGUCUGUUAUUUAAGAUGCAUUUUCCUUAAUUCACAACGGUGCACAACCAUGCUGUUCUAUAAAAUGCUAAAGAUAAUAAAGUGCUCAUUUCAAUAUGGACUUUAAGUCUUUUACUUAAGAUACAUUUCAUGUGACGUAUUAAAAAUACACUGUGCUUGAGUUUACUGACCUUUUGAUACUGAUAUUAUUGUACUGUAUAGAUAAUAAUUUAUUUCACAAACAAGUCCUUAUUCUUGUUGCCACGAAGUAAAGGAACUGGAGACGUAUUUCGUCAUAGAAAAUACUAAAAAAAUAUGUAAAUAACUGUAAAUACUUACUAUAACAUAGUUAACUGGCAAUCACAGACAGACACUUCUAUUUUUUUAGUAUUUAUAUAUGACAUAAAUGUUUUUUAAUCACUGACUUUUGCAAAGAAGCAAUGAAGAUGGUCUGACUAUCACUGCUUUUGUUUGUUCUAAUACAAUAACUUAAAUACGUAAUACUUACUUUUUUGACCAAUGAACGAAACCAAAUUUAAAUUUGUAUAAGUUGGUAUAUUUUUUCUUAUUUUAACUAUUUAUGAGGACUUUACAGAUUUACUACUUACAAAAUAUGACAACUUUAUCCCCGAAUUAAAAAUUAUUACAAUUAGGUAUGCUUGUUAUAUCCAGUUAUUGUUAAUUUAACACGUUCGCUGCGUCACUGAUUUUUCAGUACUUUACCAAAACAAUACGAGGUUAAUUGACCUCGUAUCGUGCAAUACGAGGUUUUUUGACCUCGCACUAAAACUAGUUGUGGUGUUUUACGAGGUUAAUUGACCUCGUACCGUACAAUACGAGGUUUUUUGACCUCGCACUAAAACUGUGGUGUGGUACGAGAUUAAUUGACCUCGUACCGCAGUGAACGUGUUAAUAAAAUAAUUUAUUGUUAGUCUAUAAUUU